CCCCCACGCUGCUCGCGGAGGCCCACGACCUGGCAGAGCAUUUCGGCGUUUCUCGGGGGCUGGCAGAAGCGGCUGGGGAGACACGGCCCCUGGCCACCCAGGCUUUUCUCUUCUGAUGUUUUGACCUUGGGCAAGUCAUUUUGUGCUGCCCUGCUGUUCCCUUUUCACUGGCUGUCUCCCUCCACCUUAGCUGAAUUGAGACGGUUUAAGCGGAAGCAUCUUACAGCCAUCGACUGCCAACAGUUGGCUCAGAGUCAUUUGACUGUGACCCAGGCCUUCGGUCAAAGAUGGACAAACAGGGAUCUGAACCAUGGUCUCUAUCCUAGACCCAGAACAAAAAGAGGGAAUAGGGGUCAAGGAUGUCACCGGUACAACCCUGAGUUCUUCCUAGCUGGUCAGAGGCGGUGCACCAAUGACAUGGCCAAGAGCAGUUCUGUUGGCCAGGACAGCUGUCAGGACUCGGAGAGUGACAUGAUCCUUCCUGCAGAGAGCAGUUGUGCUCCGCCUCAAGGUGAUGGAGAGGCAAGAUUGGGCUCGUCCGGGUCUUCUCUGCCUUCCAGGAAGCGAUCUCGGUCCUUUGAGGAAGAGAGUAAUAAGGCUACAGGGACCAGCCAGUGGGAUGGCGUUACUAAGAAAACCCCAUGGCAUCGUCUGUCUUCAUCAUGCGCAAGGCCUAGGGAGGCCAGGCAAGAAGCAGAGGACUGUUUGUCACGGCGCUCUGCAGAGCCUGGAGAAACAGGUCAAGACAUUGAGGACGUUGGUCUGGACCCCAUUCCUGACUCAUACUAUGGGCUUCUUGGGACCCUGCCCUGCCAAGAAGUACUGAGCCACAUUUGUAGCCUGCCUAGUGAAGUCCUGAGGCACAUCUUUGCCUUCCUGCCUGUGGAAGACCUCUGUGGGAACCUGAGCUUGGUGUGCCACCUCUGGCGGGAGAUAAUCAGUGACCCACUGUUCAUUCCUUGGAAGAAGCUGUAUCAUCGAUACCUAAUGAACGAAGAGCAGGCCGUGAGCAAAGUGGAUGGCAUCCUCUUGAAUUAUGGCAUAGAGAAGGAGUCAGACCUGUGUGUGCUCAACCUCAUACGAUUCACAGCCACCACUAAAUGCUCCCCGAGUGUGGACCCUGACAGGGUGCUAUGGAGUCUGCGGGAUCACCCCCUCCUUCCCGAGGCAGAGGCGUGUGUGCGUCAACACCUGCCUGACCUCUAUGUGGCUGCUGGGGGCGUUAAUGUCUGGGCUUUGGUGGCAGCCAUGGUGCUCCUCUCCAGCAGUGUGAAUGACAUCCAGCAGCUACUUUUCUGCCUCAGAAGACCCAGCUCCACAGUGACCAUGCCGGAUAUCACCGAGACCUUAUACUGCAUAGCUGUGCUCCUCUACGCCAUGAGGGAGAAGGGGAUCAACAUCAGCAAUAGGAUUCACUAUAACAUUUUCUAUUGCCUGUAUCUUCAAGAGAAUUCCUGUACUCAGGCCACCAAAGUUAAAGAAGAGCCAUCUGUCUGGCCCGGCAAGAAAACAACCAUCCAGCUUACACAUGAACAGCAGCUGAUUCUGAACCAUAAGAUGGAACCUCUCCAGGUGGUGAAAAUCAUGGCAUUUGCAGGCACCGGGAAGACCUCUACCCUGGUCAAGUAUGCUGAGAAGUGGUCUGAGAGCAGGUUUCUGUAUGUGACAUUCAACAAGAGCAUCGCAAAGCAGGCUGAGCUCGUCUUCCCCAGCAAUGUCAUCUGCAAAACCUUCCAUUCCAUGGCCUAUGGACACGUUGGGCGGAAGUACCAGCUAAAGAAGAAGUUGAAUCUCUUCAAGUUAACACCUUUCAUGGUCAAUUCUGUCCUUGCUGAAGGGAAAGGUGGAUUCAUAAGGGCCAAGCUAGUGUGUAAGACUUUAGAAAACUUCUUUGCCUCGGCUGACGAAGAGCUGACUAUUGAUCACGUGCCUAUUUGGUGUAAGAACAGCCAGGGACAAAGAGUCAUGGUUGAACAGAGUGAGAAACUGAAUGGUGUCCUUGAAGCGAGCCGACUGUGGGACAACAUGCGGAAGCUGGGGGAGUGCAAAGAAGAGGCUUACCAAAUGACUCACGACGGCUACCUGAAACUCUGGCAGCUAAGCAAGCCUUCACUUGCCUCUUUUGACGCCAUCUUUGUGGAUGAGGCACAGGACUGUACUCCAGCUAUCAUGAAUAUAGUUCUGUCUCAGCCGUGUGGGAAGAUCUUCGUAGGGGACCCACACCAACAGAUCUAUACCUUCCGCGGUGCAGUCAACGCUCUGUUCACAGUUCCCCACACUCACGUCUUCUAUCUCACACAGAGUUUUAGGUUUGGUGUGGAGAUAGCCUAUGUGGGAGCUACUAUCUUGGAUGUCUGCAAGAGAGUGAGGAAAAAGACGCUGGUUGGAGGAAAUCACCAGAGUGGCAUUCGAGGUGAUACAAAGGGACAAGUCGCUCUGUUGUCCCGGACAAAUGCCAAUGUGUUUGAUGAGGCUGUACGGGUGACUGAGGGAGACGUACCGUCAAGGAUACAUUUGAUUGGGGGGAUUAAAUCAUUCGGAUUGGACAGAAUCAUUGACAUUUGGAUCCUCCUUCAGCCAGAGGAAGAGCGGAAGAAACGAAACCUCAUCAUUAAAGACAGAUUCAUCAGAAGAUGGGUGCACAAAGAGGGCUUUAGUGGCUUCAAGAGGUACGUGACUGCCGCGGAGGACAAGGAGCUUGAAGCGAAGAUUGCAGUUGUGGAGAAGUACAAUAUCAGGAUUCCAGAACUGGUGGAAAGGAUAGAGAAGUGCCAUAUAGAAGAUCUGGACUUCGCAGAGUACAUUUUGGGCACCGUGCACAAAGCCAAAGGCUUGGAGUUCGAUACCGUGCAUGUUCUGGAUGAUUUUGUGAAAGUGCCUUGUGCCAGGCAUAAUCUUGGCCAGCUUCCUCACUUCCGAGUAGAGUCAUUUUCUGAAGAUGAAUGGAACUUACUAUAUGUUGCAGUAACUCGUGCCAAGAAGCGUCUCAUAAUGACCAAAUCACUGGAAAACAUUUUGACUUUGGCUGGGGAGUACUUCUUGCAAGUUGAGCUGACAAGCAGCGUUUUAAAAACAGGAGUGGUUCGCUGCUGUGUGGGGCAGUGCAACAACGCCAUCCCUGUGGACACUGUCCUCACCAUGAAGAAGCUGCCGAUCACUUACAGCAACAGGAAGGAGAACAAGGGUGGCUACCUGUGCCACUCCUGUGCGGAGCAGCGCAUCGGGCCCCUGGCCUUCUUGACUGCGUCCCCGGAGCAGGUGCACUCCAUGGAACGCACGGUGGAAAACAUCGUGCUGCCCAGGCACGAGGCCCUGCUCUUCCUGGUCUUCUGAGGCCACACGAGUGUCCUUCAUGGUGCAGAGUGGCUUGCCAUGGUCUCCCAAGUGCUGAUGAAGCCAGCGUGGGCAGGGCUCCUGCUCACCUGAGACUGAGACACAGAACAUUUUCCAAGGAAGAAGAACCCAACCAGAGUUGGACCUGCCAUUUCUCCGUUCCCUACAGAUAGCCAGUUACCACUUGCCUGUCCUCCAUAUGUAUCAGGUCAGGGAAGUGGGGGAUGUUCUUUUGAUAAAAACAUUUUAUGUAUUUAAACUUUUAUUACAAGGUUUCAAUUAAACAGGCAUUGCAGCACUGGCAUGCCACUGUGACAUCU